AGAGCAGCUUCAUCGUACUGCAGGACAGCUGGUGCCAGCGUUCUCCAUUCCCCCCAUACUUGCUGAGUGGGAAGCAUGGCUUUAAAGAAUGGCAACACCUUGGUGCGCAUAGCCAGUAUCCCUCUGUUCAACUCGGCUUAUCAGAUCGCUGUGUUCACCUACACGGACAUAAAAGGUGUCCACCCCGUGGUGGGUUUCUUCUGCGGCGUGGCAGAACGCAGCGUGAGCACCGCGGUGGGGGUGGCCGUGAUGGCAGCCACUCCGGUCAUGCAGAGGCUGGAGGUGCCAAUAGCUGCGGUUAAUAGCUACACACUGAGAGGCGUGGACGAGCUGGAGGCGAGAUUCCCCAUUCUGGAUCAGUCAGCGGACGAGGUCCUCGGGAAUUUGCGAGACAGCCUGGCUGCGAGCAUGGAGCAGCUGCAAGCCAGCACCGCCGAGCGAGUGGGCCGGCUGACGGAGAGGGCCAGCGGGGUGGUGGAGGACGUGGUGGGCGUUGCGGCCUUGGGGGUGAACAUCGUCCUGAAUGCCAGCGUCGUCAGCCAAGCACUGGAGUCCGGCGUGAACGCAGCUCUGAGCCGUGUGGAGCAGAUCGCGAACCACUAUCUCCCUGCCACAGAGGAAGAAACCAGAAGGCAGGUGCCAAGCCUCAAAGGCGUGAAGCAGAGCCCGGAAAGCGAGCAGACCUAUGCCAGGCAGCUGCAGCUUGUGAUGGCUACCUCUGCCCGGCGAGCGAACCAGAGAGCGUGGUCGUAUGCAGAAGGACUAUGGAGUUGGAUGCUCUGGGCCCUGAACCAGCUGCUGGAGUUUGCUGUCGAGCUGAGACGUCGACUCUACCGCGCUCUCGUUGCUCUGACCGAGACGGGUGACUCAGACCCAAGCCCCCAGCCUGGCUUCCCCCAGGACCCCAUCCCUGUCCGGCUCGUCCAGAGGAGGAGAUCAGGCUUGGGAGACACAAGCAACAAGGCCUCUAGCGACAAACGCAGCAUCUAGGAUGGGAACGGUCACAAGUCCGCCCCGUCGCCGGUCCAGAGAGGGCUCCCCGCCACCCUGAAUCGGGAUCCCCUUGCCAAGAGGACUCGAUCUCCACCCCCUGUGGCCAGCCGGCUCUGGGAGGGCAGGGACCUCUCCUCCUUGGGCGAAGCGAUGUGAGCAUGCAGCCAAGACAUCCGCCCCCCCCUUCUCUGCCACAACCGCCGGGAGCCGGGCAGGAAGUGGGAUUUGCAUCCUGCAGGGCAUUCUGGGAUUUUGAAAUUUCGUUUUCUCCCAGAUCUGGGCAGAAAAUCGAAAUCUCGGAAUCUUUCGCAAAAUGAAAUAAUAUGAAAUCAUGUGUGAUGACCGUAUCGAAAUUGUUUCAUUUCCACUUUAUCAUGUCACCUGUUAUAUAGGGAGGCAGAGUGGCCUACUGGUUAGCGCACUGACCAGCGACUCAGGAGACCUGGGCUCAUUCCAAGCUCUGCCAGUGGUCUGCUGGGAGACUUCCCUCUCUGUGCCCCAGUUUCCCCAUCUGUAACAUGGGAGAAAUGAAGCACUUAGAGGUCUAUGGAUGAAACAUGCUAUAUAAGCCUAGGUUAAUAGGAUAUUUAUUAUAUUAUAAAGUCAAAAUGAUAAGGGCGCAAUGAAACAUCUCGAUAAUUUCCCUUUGAAAAUGUCAACGAAAUUGUUACGUUCCCGCAAGACAUUUUGAUUUUUGUCCAAUCGAAUUUUUCCCAAGGGAAAAACAUUCUGUUGGGAAUUUUUUAGUUGGUUCUAGGCUGGGAAGCUUUAGGCCAGCAAUAGAAUUGGGGGGGCUGAGCAGAACCAGCUAAUACCCUGCAGCAGGGGGCUCUGUAAGUUAACCUGCCACAUUGUUCUGUAGCAGGAAGUUCCACAGGGUAACCUCAGUUAAUAUCCUGUGGCAGGGUGUUCCACAGGGUAGUCUCAGAUAUCAUCCUGCAGCAGAGAGUUCCACAGGAUAACCUCAGUUAAUAUCCCACAGCUGGGCGUUCUGCAGGUUAAUCCCCCAACACACCCAGUGGUAAACAUACCGACAGCCACCCCCCGUGGAAGGCAUCUUCUCCAGUGACCAGCACGCCAGCCCAACCCCAUCGCUGGUAGCUGCCAAGCCUUCCCUCCCUUAUUAACUGAAACCCCUUCACAUCUUCCCCAACUACCACAACUGUGCUUCCAAAAAGACCUCUCUUUCCCCACGGCAGUAACGGUCCCCACAGCCGAGUGGCGCUUACUGAACGCCGUCUUGGGUCUCAUGCAUUUCCAGCUCUUCCAAGCAGCUUGCUCUGACAUAGAGGAGAUGGUCCAGAGCUAAAUCUCACGUGCAAAACACCCCCAAUGCACUGCAAGUGCGGGGGUUACUGAAUAGCUGGCUACAUGCCUCCAGUUUAACUUUAGCACCCAGUCCUGCCAGCCGCAGCACGCCCUUCGCUCCCUCUGGCUUCAAACACCCAGGAACAGUGUGCAAAAGGGCGCCCUCGCUUUUGUAUCCUGUCCUUCCAGGCGAGAUGCACCCUAAGUGGCUUUAUGGAGUUAGGAAGCUAAAUCAUAGAGAGCAGAGAGGAUCUGCCGAGAGGCUCCGGCCGGGGAGGGGAGAUGCAGGACGGCUGCCCCGGGGGAGCGAAGCUGCGCUGGAGAAGGCUCUUGCGUCGGGAAAGGCCGGCCUGCGUGUAAGGGUGGAGUUGGACAAGCCAGGAAGAGAGAAGAGAUGGCAUUACAGGGAGGUGGUUCCAGGGACAGCUGCUGCACCAGAACCCCUUAUGACCCCGCAUGACCGAGACGUCCCCUCCAAAGACACUGCAGCAGGACGGGCUCCAUCAGUCCAGGGCCCUCGUGAAUUAGCUUUGAUCAGUUUCGCUGUGAGGCUAGGUUCCCCUCCCUCUCGCAUUUCCCUUCCUGUGCUUAUGUUCUGUAAAAUGUAAUAAAAAAAAAAUACAUGAACCCAGCCACGUUCACUGGA